ACGAACUCGAGCUGUGAAAGACAACGUCAUUGUCCACUGCCUCUGCUUCCUUGCAAUUUAGCGCCAGGGAUUCCCCAACUCUUGUUCUAGCCAGCAAAGAACUAACCCAUUCACAAUCAUUUAAAUGGCAAACGUUGCUUUGAUUGGAGCCACAGGCAUGGUGGGAGGUCAUAUCCUCUCCAGCCUUCUUGCAAACCCAGCUGUCACGCGAGUUGACACAAUCUCCCGUCGCACUCCCCAAGCCGCAGCAACCGCGCCCAAUGCAAAACUAACGACAUUCGUGUCCGCCGAUACUUCGAAAUGGCCAAGCGAGCUCUCUUCUCUUACUCCAACACCGUCUAUUUUCAUUUCAUCCUUCGCCACCACACGAGGAGCUGCUGGUGGUUUCGAGGAACAGUAUAAAAUCGAGCACGACUUUAAUAUCGAAAUGGCGAAGGCUGCUCGUGAUGCAGGAACCAAGGUGUACGUCCUUAUUUCGUCCAACGGCGCCGACGCAAAGUCCAAUUUCGCGUAUAUGAGGAUGAAGGGAGAAAUCGAAAACGACAUAAGGGCCUUGGAUUUCGAUAGGACUGUAAUUCUUCGACCGGGUUUAAUCGCCGGCCAGCGGGAUGAGAGUCGGCCUAUGGAAGCUGUAGCUCGGUUCUUCGCAGGUACUGUUGGUAAGCUGCACUCCAGCUUGAAGGAUGGAUGGGCACAGGAGGCCGAUGUUAUUGGCAAUGCUGCGGUGAAUGCUGGAAUCAAGGCCCUUGAUGGCAAUGUUCCCGAGGGCAGUGAAAAGGUCUGGUAUCUGCAUGGCAACGACAUCAUCCAGAAUGGGAAGGCAUGAACUUCUCCAGUAGAGGUAGUCUGUAUAUAUUGAAAGCCGGACGUUUUAUGAGUUUGUGCUACUUGCUGCUUUCUUUUGAGCUCCUCGUGUUGUCUAUAAUGCCCUAGUGUAAGAAAUAUAUUUUUCCAAUGUCCAACAUAAACUCGACCAUACAGACUAUCCACAGCCUGUAACCUCCCAAACAAAUGGACAUUUCCAAAUCAAAUUAAUUGACUUAUCGCUUCCCAGCCUUCGUCUCCCUAUUCUUCCUUGGCCAUCCCUUAGCACUAUGACCCGCCUUAUCAACAUUCUUCUGCGCACCCCCCUCCAUCGGAUCUCUGGCACCACCAACAUCUUUAUCCGCACCACUAACAUCCAAUGGGUCGCGAACAUCGCCCUUCCUCCUAGUCUCUUCCCUCGACGCACCUAUUUCGCUCUCAGGCGAGGUCCUGGUUGGAUCAAAUGCCUCAUCCCGGC